AUGGGGAAUCCAUCAUUUCAGGCGUCCAACGCCAUUAUCUAUGUCACCUAUGGCGCCUUUUUGCUCCUAGGAACGGGAUUAGCAUGGAAGAUGAGAAACCAGCCCAAGGUGGAUUUCCUGGCUGGCAAUAGAACUCAGACGGCCCUGCCGCUGGCCCUCAACUUCAUCGCCGCCGGUGAGUAG